AUGCAUUACAAUGUUAAACCGUUAAACGAGUACUUGAUCCCGAAGCUACUGCCUCUUCACAGUCAAACAACCACCCUCAGAAGAAGAAACCCACACACAGCCACCAUUAGUUUCAGACGCCGCCGUAUCAAAGAAACCACCAUUUCCACCUCCGCGACUUCUAAUACAACCACCACUCACCACCAUCACCCAUCUGCUGUUUCCCCUGAAAACACCUCCUGGUGCUGCCCUCCCGCUGUCUCUUCCUACAAACCCCCACCUCCACCGUCGGUAACAACCGCCAUUAAUCCACAACCCAUUUCAAUUCCACCAGCAGAGUCUCCCUCACCGGAAUCUUUAUCCACUGAAAAGACUCAAUCUUCACAUUUCAAUUAUCGGUCAAAUCUUGAAAAACCCAGAUCGAUACCCACAAUGACAACUACCACCACUGUCUACGGCGCCGCCGGCAACAAUCAAGAAGCAUUACCGUCUUCCUUUACCCAAUUUAACUCUGCCCUCACUGCCGGACUUUUAAAUCCCGUAUCGUCGCCACCACCGACCACCGAUAAAACCCGAUCCAGCCCUACCCUUUUCGAAAUGAUGGCUAACGAACCCGAUUCUAAGAUCCCCAACAAUGGUUCAAUUACAACUCCAAAAAGACCCAGUAAUGGCCAUGCGAUCCCACCGCCGAUGAUAAUUGACAAGCAAAUUUUGAUGCAACAAAGACUGUCUGAUAUUCUGUCCUGUCGUAGCCCCGGAAAUCAGUUCAAUGAUCCAAAUUCGAGUGAUGUGAAGCUCACUUUGAGCUCCAAAGAUGGGUUUAGUGUUUCUAUGAAUGUUCAUCGGCAGAUCUUAGUUGUUCACAGUCGUUUUUUCGCAGAUAAGCUAUCUGAUUAUCGUCGGAAAUUGGGUCUACAAGGGCAACAAUUAAAAGAGUCGAUUAGGUUGAUGUAUUGUAAAGAUUUAAGGAGGAAGCUAAUGAAGGAUGAUGUUCCUAGGGUUCUUGGUAUCUUGAAGGUAUCAGCAGCAAUCGGAUUCGAUGCUGGAGUUUUAUCUUGUUUGGAGUACUUAGAAGCUGCUCCUUGGGCCGAGGAUGAAGAAGAAAAGGUUGCAGCUUUAUUAUCUGAGCUCAGGCUUGAAGGAGUCGGUGCAUGUGAAGUUUUAAAAAGGGUUUCCAUAGAUGUUACACCUGGAGAAGAUGACACCAACGACAACCAAGAAGUACUACUUAAGCUUUUACACGUUGUUCUCGAAGGAAAAGAUGAAAAAGCAAGAAGAGAGAUGAAAGUUUUGGUCUCAAAAAUGCUUCAUGAAAAUUCAUCAAGAAACGAUUUGAAGAAAGAAUCUUUGUAUUCGGCUUGUGAUAAAUGUUUAAAUUUGUUACGACACCAUUUCUUGAAAGCUUCUAAAGGAGACUUUGAAGAAGUGGCUCAAAUCACACGACAAUCGGGUAAUCUACAUUGGCUUCUUGAUAUUUUAAUCGAUAGACAAAUAUCCGAGGAUUUUUUAAAGAUAUGGGGAUCACAGACUGAAUUAUCUCAAGUCCAUUCCAAAGUGCCUGCCCUUCAUAGAUACGAAAUCAGUAGAGUUACAGCAAGAUUCUUUGUUGGGAUUGGAAAAGGUCAACUCUUGGCUUCGAAAGAGUCAAGAUGCUUGCUUUUACAAACAUGGUUGGUCCCUUUUUAUGAUGAUUUUGCUUGGAUGAGGAGAGGGUUGAAAGGGCUAGAUCGUAAUUUAGUUGAAGAUGGGUUGAGCAAUACUAUAUUGACUUUGCCUCUUGCUUGGCAACAAGAAAUCUUGAUGUCUUGGUUUGACCGGUUUUUAAACUCGGGUGAUGAUUGCCCGAAUAUACAAAGAGGGUUUGAAGUUUGGUGGAAAAGAGCGUUUUGGAGAAAGCCCCAAAUGCCAAAUGUUUGGAACACAUGAUUGCUCAACCAUGGUGUGUUUGUUUAAUUUCUUUUUUCAUAUAGUAACCAAUGUCAUUGCUAUCUCAAUUAAUUUUGCAUUUUUUCACUUAAUUUAUAUCUGAUACGGGUCUUGAUGAGUAUCUUGAUGGUAAGUAGGUGAAAAAUCCAUGAGAAAUCUCUCUUGUUAUAUUGUGAUUUAACUUUCUCAUAUUGGCCGGUGGACCAAAGUCCACGGAUGGUGUAUACCUUAUAUAUAAGGGUGGUGUAUACCUUUAUAUAAAAUACAAGAAGUUACAUUUUUUUUUCUUACUUGGUUUGUAGUUUAAUG